AUGGGCUUCCGUGGGGAGUAUGGGCACACAGGGGAGAAGCCGCAUCGUUGUUCUGUGUGUGGGAAGAGCUUUGCUCAAUCCUCCACCCUUACCCUGCACCAGCGCAUCCACACAGGGGAGAAGCCACAUCGCUGUUGUGAGUGUGGGAGGAGCUUUGCUCAAUCCUCCACCCUUACCCUGCACCAGCGCAUCCACACAGGGGAGAAGCCACAUCGCUGUUGCGAGUGUGGGAGGAGCUUCACCCGAUCCUCCUCCCUGACCCGGCACCAGCACAUCCACACAGGGGAGAAGCCAUAUCAGUGCUCUGUGUGUCAGAAAAGCUUCACCUGCAUCUCCAGCCUGACACAGCACCAGCGCAUCCACACAGGGGAGAAGCCAUAUCAGUGCUCUGCGUGUGGGAAGGGCUUCACCCAAUUCUCCCACCUGGCCAAGCACCAGCGCAUCCACACAGGGGAGAAGCCACAUCAGUGCUCUGUGUGUCACAAGAGCUUCACCUGCAUCUCUAGCCUGACACAGCACCAGCGCAUCCACACAGGGGAGAAGCCACAUCGCUGUUCUGAGUGUGGGAAAAGCUUCACCCUUUCCUUCACCCUUGCCCGGCACCAGCGCAUCCACACAGGGGAGAAGCCACAUCGCUGUUCUGAGUGUGGGAAAAGCUUCACCCUUUCCUUCACCCUUGCCCGGCACCAGCGCAUCCACACAGGGGAGAAGCCACAUCGCUGUUCUGAGUGUGGGAAAAGCUUCACCCUUUCCUUCACCCUUGCCCGGCACCAGCGCAUCCACACAGGGGAGAAGCCACAUCGCUGUUCUGAGUGUGGGAAGAGCUUCACCCAAUCCUCCCACCUAGCUGAGCACCAGCGCAUCCACACAGGGGAGAAGCCACAUCACUGCUCUGUGUGUCAGAAGAGCUUCACCUACAUCUCAAGCCUGACACAGCACCAGCGCAUCCACACAGUGGAGAACCCACAUCACUGCUCUGUGUGUGGCAAGAGCUUCACCAAAUGCUCCUCCCUGGCCGCUUCACCUACAUCUCAAGCCUGA